AUGCUGAAAGAGAAGGACGCCGGAAUCACGCAAUUUCGAUGCGAAAAUCCUUCAUUACGGGGCAUCAUAAAACAUCGUUGGUCGGAUUUCCACGUCAGAGAAAUUGGCCUUGACGGAUCUGUCGCGAAAUUGACGAAAUUCGAUGUUCCAAAAUCCGAGAAUGAAGAAGUUAAAAAUGAAGAGCCGAAGAUAGAAGUACUUACAGAAGAACAGUUGGAAAUAUUGAAAGCAUUCAUCGAGAAAACGAAAGAAUCGAAGGAGGGUGAAGUACUUUUGGACUUUCCAACAGACUGCAGCAAAGAACUGAGGACACAGUAUCACAAGCAAAUAAAGCAGCAAUUCGGGGUUCUAGAAACUUUUACGCUGAAGGAAGAAAACAAGAUUCGCGCGAAAUGGAUCAAAAAGGGAGGCAAGGGAGAUCGGAGAAAUAAGCGAAGAGAUCCGAAGAAAAAGGAGGAAAAGUUCAAAUUUGUGCUUUGGAAGGAAAACAUGGAUACGACUGCGGCGGUGGAUCAUUUAUGCAGAAUUCUUCGCGUAAAUGCCAAACUCUUCAAUUUCGCCGGUACAAAAGACAAACGCGCGAUUACCGCUCAAUUCGUCACUUCAAAACUGACUCCAGAAGUGCUCAUCGUCGCGAAUAAGAAGCUCAAGAAUAUCAAGGUUGGGAAUUUCGAGCUUCAUAAUGGAGAUCAUCUCACUUUGGGCGAUCUGAAAGGCAACGAAUUCAAUAUUGUCUUGCGAGACUGUGAGCUUGUCUCUGAAAAUGACGAGCCUGAGAGUAAACGGAUCAAGCCAGAUUUUUCGUCGAUUGUCGCAAAAGCUUACAAAUCAUUGAACGAAAAAGGAUUCGUUAAUUAUUACGGGCUGCAGCGAUUUGGAACGAGCGCGAUUGCCACUCACGAAAUUGGAAUCGAAAUCUUGAAGGAAAAUUACGCCGGGGCUGUUGAUUUACUUCUGAAGCCAAGGGAUGAGCCGAAGCGAAAUUCAUUCUUGACAGAAACUCGUCGAAUCUGGUCGGAAACGAAAGACGCUGCCGCUGCGCUAGAAAAACUACCGAAGAAGUUCUGCAACGAAGGAAAGGUCCUUUGCGGAUUGAAAGACAAGCCAAAUGACUUUGUCGGCGCGCUGGGAAGACUGACCCGCCCGAUGCGACAAAUGUACGUACACGCUGUCCAGAGUUACAUCUGGAAUCGAUUGGCUAGCUACAGAUUGACACUGGGCGAAGAUUUGAUGAUUGGAGACCUUGUCCAGCCGAAUGAGAAUGAAAAACUGAAGGUGCAACUUUUAUCCGAGGAAAAUAUGAAGAAUUUUACGAUUGAAGAUUUAGUCAUCACCAUACCAGGCUUCGACGUUUCAUACAGUCCUCUUCUUGCAGAAUUCAUGGAUAAGGAGCUGGCAGCUUUGGGAUUGUCAAGAGAAUCCUUCGCCGGAAAUGUAAAGGAUUACAGGCUUCCAGGAGGCUAUCGAAAAAUGAUUGUCGUGCCAAAAGAUGCAGAAGCUAAUGUACUGAUGUAUUCUUCCAAUGAAGAAAAUCUUCUCAAAUCUGAGCGAGAAGAGUUCCCCGAUGAAAUGGGAGAAGGUCUUUUGGGCGACAAGAACGAAAAGGGUGAAAAUGGAGAGAAAGUGAAAGUUGGAAUUAGUCUGAAGAUUAAACUUCCUCCGUCAGCAUAUGCGACGAUGGCGUUGAGGGAGUUUAUGCACUGUGACCAUCCUAUUGUUGACCCAAUGAAAGGUUUUAAUGUGAUGGCGAUGCCUGUAGCAGUUAAUUCAAAGGAGUACCAAAACAAAAUGCUCAAAGGCUUUGAAACACUAACAAUGGACUUGUACUCGGAAAUGAUCCAGACAAAGAAAGACAAGAAUCAAAAGGAAGUCACAGAUCUAAUAAAAAUGAUCAAAAGCCUCCAACGAUCGAACCAGCGCGAAAAAGACGACCUAGUUGCCUCCCACAAAGAGGCCAUUUCACGCCUUCUCAAAACGCACCAAACGGAAGUUGAGCAGGCAGCCGAUGAUCUACGAACAAAAAUACGAAAAGAAACGGAAGAACUCGUUGCGAAAACAAAGAAAUCGCCCUGGUGCGCCUUAUGUCAUCAACCAGCGGCACUGUACUGUUGCUGGAAUACGAAUUACUGUAGUCAAAAGUGCCAAACGAAGCACUGGACUACUCAUGGAACACGCUGCGAUCGAGCACCGAAUAAAAAAGCAUAA